AUGUCGGUCAACGCCAAUUCGUCGCAACUCUCCGAGUACCUCGAGCGACUGCCGGGUACAACCUUCAGACGACUCUACCAGCAGCCCUCGACCGCCUUCGCCAUCUUCAGGCGCAUGCUACCUCACCUUGCCAAGACCAUUGUCAUGGCCAUGCUGUACAUGCCCACGCCUUUCCUCCUCUCCGAUCUCGAGAUCUGGGUCAAGCCCACGGCAAAGCGUCAGAAGGACCAGGCCCUGUCGAUCCUGCGAGCCCUCCACAUUAUCGCCGUCACCGUACCUUGUAGAGAGACGCCCCAGUCCAUGACUCUCACGGCCAACUUCAAGAGUAGUCUAAGGUUUGCAUUAGAAGGUGGUGGCGAUCACAACUCGUUUGGCGUGCCGUCGCAGCUGCCCAUUGCCGCCGAUGUCGAUAUCGCAUUCCUCGACAAGUACGCGCGAAAGAAAUGGGACGACAUUCUUCAUUUCGUCGUCAACUCCGUCGGCCUGAUAGAUUCGCGAUCCGAUGGCAGCAAUGGGCCCAAAGCAUCCGUCAAGGAUCUGCUCAUGGCCGGCCGCCUGGUGGAGCGCAAGGGUGCCUCAUCCACCAUGAACAUCACACAAGCAGGCUUCACUUUCCUGCUGCAGGAAGCCAACUCCCAGGUUUGGACCCUGCUCUUGCUGUGGCUGGAGGCUGCCGAUCAUGCCAACAAAGAAGGUCACCACACCGGCAUGGAGAGCGUUGACAUGCUCUCGUUCCUUUUCUUGCUUGCCUCCCUCGAGCUUGGACGCGCCUAUAGCACCGAUGCCCUCACCGAGCCUCGCCGUAAUAUGAUACCCUAUCUGGUCGAUUUUGGUCUUAUCUACAUCCCACACCACGAUCGCCGACAAUACUUUCCGACACGUCUAGCCACCACCCUCACAUCGAGCGAGAGCAGUCUACGAAGUGUCAGUGCCGGGUUCACAGCCGCCAGCGAGGGCAUGGGCGGUGCGCAAGACAGCAACGCCAUCAUUCUAGAGACCAAUUUCAGAAUGUACGGGUACACGUCCUCGCCGUUGCAAAUUGCGGUGCUUGCCCUCUUCUGCGACCUCAAGAUGCGCUUCCAGGAGCUCGUCUCGGGCAAGCUGACGCGCCAGUCCGUUCGUCGCGCCGUGGAUAUGGGCAUCACCGCGGAUCAGAUCAUUUCAUACUUGGCAACGCACGCACACGAGCAAAUGCACCGCGUGGCCGCAUCGGCCAAGAAGUCCCUCCUGCCGACGGUCAUCGUCGACCAAAUCCGGCUGUGGCAGCUGGACACGGAGCGCAUGGCCACCACCAACGGCUUCUUGUUCAAGGAGUUCGACGACUACAAGGAAUACAUCAGCGUCGUCACGUUUGCAGAUGAGAUCGGCGUAUUACAGUGGAGAAACGACCGGAAGGGCAUGUUCUUUAUCACCUACGCAGGCCUGAGUCAGGUCAAGGACUUUGUUAAGAAUAAGAAUAAAGAGAAGAAGGCGGGGAAAUGA